AUGCCUGGGGUCUCUCCCACCCGAAUUUUAGGUGGCAUCACUCUGCUAUCAACUUUCAUUGCCACCGUUCUGGAUGGCAUGUGUUAUACGUUCUCCAGGUCACUCUCGUCUCAUAUCUCUUCCGUCGAGUCCGCCAUUGUCAGCCUGGGGGCCGUGAGCUGUGUGGCACUUGUUGCCGUGUCAUACCUCUGGGUUAAUGAUCUCAAGAGUGAGGCCGCUACGCCUUACAGAAGCCGGGGGGCCUGCACGUACGGGGUCAUCGCGGCAUAUCUAUCCAUCGCCACGGGCGUCACUGCGGGGGGGAUAGCCUGGAGUGCAGCCCAGUCGAUGACGGCGAAGACGUCGGUGACUAAAAGGCACCAGUCCCUACUGAUUGCCCGUUGUAUCAUCUGGGCGAUAUCGGUCCUCAGUCAAGGGAUCCUAGGAGGCUAUUUCUUGACCACGCUGAUCAAACGCGAGCCCACCCCCACCCCCACCCCCAUCCCCAUCUCACCUCCAACAAAAUGGUCACCUUCGCCUUCACAGGAGCUCGACGUCCUCUCCGAGCAAGCCAGCGUGAAAGAGAACCACGGUCGGGAUUCUCCCUCCUUGACGAGCGAGUCACAACGGGAAUCCGCAGAUCUCAAACCGGACGGCGACACCGUACCUCCCAUUCAACCAUCUGUCUCCAACACGGAGUCUCACACCUCGAACCGCUAUUCUGGUCGAACGUUGUUCCUGCACGACUCCAAGCAAAACUCUCUGGACUUGCAACGCUCAUACUUGUCUCAAGGCGACUCCAUAGGGAUCUCCUCCAAGCCAGUCGAGCCUCCCAACGACCCGGCAGGCUGCCCUGUGGGGGCCAAAGUCCGCAGUGAACCACCCAAGAUUCGGCGAAGCUACUCCGAUACCAAACGAUCCUUGGAUGCGUCUUCCACGCGGUCAUCGCCCGCCACGUCUUCGACCCAGCUGCGCCUCCCCGCCCCUACCCCGAUGCCGGGGACCACGGUGAUUGCCUCCCCGGCCGCCGGUCAGACCAUUUCCGUGAAGACCCUGAACCGAGUGCGAUCCACCCGGUCCCUCCGGUCCCAAGGGCCCCGAAGCAGGUCGCCGCUGUUCGACCAGCCACUCCAGAGUAUGGAGCGGAAUGCGGAUUCCCCCGAGCCCAGUGGCCGAGGGUCUCCCAUGCCCAGCUUUAUCAUGGCGGCGGACGUGCGGAGCAGCAUAUCACGGUACGAGAAGAAAUAUGACCUGAACGAAUCCCCGGACGAGAGUUAGUUGAGUGGCUAGCCCAGCAGCGGGGAGGGGGGGGCUUGGGAUUUCAGGGUUGGUUGGUUUCGAUGUCUUUCCUUUGUUGUUUCUUAUGUUAAUAGAUAUCCUGGACAUAGCGUUUGAUGUAGUAAGAGUAAGCAAUCACUUCCAUUAGAUAAAG